CACCUGACCACAGGGAAGGAAGGAAAAGAAGAAGAUGGGACCACGGUUCCAGGGAGAAGAACCCCGCCUCUUCCCAGAAAACCAAUACCCAUGCCUCCGCCUCACGAACGAACCCUACCUUUAAACUUCCUGCCUUGUGAGCCCCCAGAGGAGAAGUUGAUUGGUGAGCCAAGCCCUCGACUCGGGCGUGUGCUUGGACUCCAUCACCUCCCACCUAGAUCCGGAUUUGGGUCCACUUGGCGUCUCGCCACCAGUUCCAGCCAUCAGUGUGGGGGCAGUGGUUCGAAGAUGUCGACAGACACAGACUCUGAGAUCCGGGACGUCAGUAACGUGAGGAGAGGAAGGCUGGCGCACCCUCCGUACUUCCCGCCAUCUCCCUCUGUUCUCUCUCUCCUUCCCCGUCCCUACCCAGCUCACUCACCGGAGUUGAAGCCAGCCCUCCAACUGCGUGAGCAAAAGCAUUUGGAUCCACAGAGGUACCCGGCGUGCCUUGGUCUGGCCACCAGCUUCGGCAGCCACUGGCGGAGACGCCAGCCUUCUACUGGUGGAAGCCUGCCCUCCGACCAGGCGGGCGCGGACAAUCGCCUUGGUUGCCCCGGGUUUCCCGGGCAGGCGCCGCCGGCGGCCCCCGUGCCUUUGGAAGAAGCCCGGGCCCCCAUCCUCCAGUGCGUCCAGCACAUGGAUGGAAGCAAGGAUAAAUGA